AUGGCGAUGAGGAACAGCCCUAGCCCCAAGGCCCUGGGCACAGCUCAAGGGGGCCUCGGGGAAGGCGGCUGCCCCCUGGCCGGCCCGGAGGCCCCCGCGCUGAAGGCCAAGGCCAGGAAGGCGCGCAAGAUCAAGGCGCUCAUCCUGGACCUGGGCUCGCAGUACUGCAAGUGCGGCUACGCGGGCGAGCCGCGGCCCACCUACUUCAUCUCGUCCACCGUGGGCAAGCGGCUGAGCGAGGGCGCCGACGCGGGCGACCCCCGCAAGGACACCUUCGUGGGCCACGAGCUGCUGCGCGCCGAGGCGCCGCGCCGCCUGGUGAACCCGCUGCGGCGCGGCGUGGUGGUGGACUGGGACUGCGUGCAGAGCCUGUGCGAGUACGUCUUCCACACGGCCAUGAAGAUCGCGCCCGACGAGCACGCCGUGCUGGUGUCCGACCCGCCGCUCAGCCCCAGCAGCCACCGGGAGAAGUACGCCGAGCUGCUCUUCGAGACCUUCGGCGUGCCCGCCAUGCACGUGACGUCGCAGGCGCUGCUGUCCAUCUACUCGUACGGCAAGACGUCGGGGCUGGUGGUGGAGAGCGGCCACGGCGUGUCGCACGUGGUGCCCAUCUCCGAGGGCGACGUGCUGCCCGGCCUGGCGGGCCGCGGCGACUACGCGGGCGGCGACCUCACAAACUACCUGCUGCGGCUGCUCAACGAGGGGGGCCACGCGUUCUCCGACGACCACCUGCACAUCAUGGAGCACAUCAAGAAGAAGUGCUGCUACGCCGCGCUGCAGCCCGACCUCGAGGGCCGCCUGGGCCUGGAUGCCCUGCGCGUCGACUACGAGCUCCCCGACGGCCAGGUCAUCACCAUCGGCCGCGAGCGCUUCCAGUGCGCCGAGAUGCUCUUCAAGCCCGCCCUGGUGGGCAGCGACGACCCGGGGCUGCCCGCGCUCACCGCCGCCUGCCUGGACCGCUGCCGGGAGGCGGGCUUCAAGGAGGAGAUGGCCCACAACGUGCUGCUGUGCGGCGGCUGCACCAUGCUCGACAGCUUCCCCGAGCGCUUCCAGAAGGAGCUGAGCCUCCUCUGCCCCGACGACAGCCCCGCCGUGUCCGCCGCGCCCGAGAGGAAGACGUCGGUGUGGACCGGAGGCUCCAUCCUGGCCUCCCUGCAGGCCUUCCAGCAGCUCUGGGUCAGCAAGGAAGAGUUCGUGGAGCGGGGGAGUGCGGCCAUCUAUAGCAAGUGCUGA